AAACAUAUUUAACAUCGUUCUAUCGUUUCCAUGAAGAAAUAUUAAACUUAACAUUUUUCCUUGAAUUAACAUUCGAUGGCUCUCAUUCUGGAUUAAUUUCUUUUAUUCAACUACUUAAAGAUUUUAAACAUGUUGAUUAUUAUUUAUUAAAUUUUAUUACACAAGUUAAUGAACCAUUGAGCGAAAUGAAUGUUAUUGUUGAUCAAAAGAAUAGAUGUCGAUCAAUAAAUGAAUUAUUGGAUAAGACAAUUCUUUCUCAACCCUAUUUACGUCGUGUUAAAUAUUAUCAACAAAUAUGUUUGAAAAACAAAUUAAUUGAAAAAUUUCAAUGUUUUUAUGAUGAACAAUUAAUGUGUUUAUGUGAUAAAACAAAUCACGCUUAUUGUUUUAAUAUUAAUUUAACAUAUAGUGGAUGUCCAUGGAAUAAAUGUAGUGAAAGAGGAAUUUGUAUAAAAGAUCACGAAUUGUGUCCAAAAAAUUCAUUUUGUCUUUGUAAUUCAUGUAGUUAUGGAUCAGUUUGUCAAUUCUCAACUGAAGGAUAUAUACUUUCUCUUGAUGCUAUUAUUGGAUCUCAUAUAAAACCAAUGAUUAGAAAUCUAUAUUAUCAAACAACUACUAUUCAAAUAACUUUUUUAAUUAUUAUUAUUUUAUUUAUUAUUGGAAUGAUUCUAAAUAUAUUAUCAAUUGGAACAUUUAAUAAUCGAACUACACAAGAAGUUGGUUCGGCAUUUUAUUUAUUAACAUCAGCAUUUCUUGGUCUUUUAACAAUUAUUUUAUUAAUGUGUAAAAUAAUUUUAUUAUUAUAUGAUAAACAGAAUAAUGCAAGUUGUUCAUUGAUUGAAUUUUCAUUUAAAUGGUUUUUAACAAGUUGUGAAUGGUUAAAUUCAUGUGUUGCCAUUGAACGAUGCUCAGCAUUAUUAUAUAAAACUCAUUUUUCUCGUUCAAAAAGUAGAUAUAUAUCGAAAUGUUUAAUUCCAAGUAUAAUUAUUUUACUUGGUUUAAUAUCAUUACCAGAAAUAUUCUUUCGACAAAUGAUAAUUGAUGAACAAGAUAAACGAAAUUGGUGUGUUUUUACUCUUAAUAAUGAUAGUCGACCAAAGAUUUUUAAAUGUUAUAUUGCAUCAAAUUUAUUUCUAUUCUUUGUACCAAUAAUUAUUAAUUUAGUAA